GCGCGCGGUAGCGCCGGGGGCGAGGCGGCCAUGGCGGACCUAGGCCGGCAGCUGCGGGAGUACCUGGCGCGGCACCAGGCCCCCGCCCCGCCCGCCGCCGGCCCGCAGCCGCCGCCGAUGCAGCAGCAGCAGCAGCAGGAGGACGCGGCGGACGGCGGGGCGGGCGCCUGGCCGGGCCCCUCGCAGCCGGGCUGGGGCUGGCCCUGGGCGGCCGAGGCGGAGCCGUGCCUGCCGGGGCUGUCGCGCUGGCAGCGGCUGGCGGCGGCCGGGCUGUGCGCGCUGCUGGCCGCCUUCUGCUUCGGGCUGGCCGCGCUGUACGCGCCGCUGCUGCUGCUCCGCGCCCGCAAGUUCGCGCUGCUCUGGUCCCUCGGCUCGCUCUGCGCGCUGGCCGCCGCCGCCCUGCUGCGCGGCCCGGCCCUGCUGCGGCGGCCCGGCCGCGGCCCGGCGCUGUACGCGGCGGCGCUGGGCGGCACGCUGUACGCCGCGCUGGGGCUGCGCAGCGCCCCCCUCACGGUGCUGGGCGCCGCCGCGCAGCUCGGGGCCGCGGCCGCCGCGCUCCUGGACGCGCUGCCCGGGGGCGCCGCCGGCCUGCGCCGCCUGGGGGGGAUCGGGGGCGCCGCGCUGCGCCGCCGGGUGCUGCCGCUGUGAGCCCGCCGGGCCGGGGCGAGGAGGAGGAGGAGGAGGAGGAAGGAGGAGGAGGAGGAAGGAUGAAGGAGGACGCCCGCGCCGCUCGCCUCGCCCCCCGCCGGGGUCUGCUCGCGGCACCGCGCCUCGCCUCGCCGCUGAGUCAGCCCCGCAGCCGCGUUCCGGAGCUUCCCCCGCGCCGGUGGGAGCUGGCGGCACCCCACAGCCCCCCCGCGAGUACCGGACCGCGUGGCUGCUGCGAAGCGUGAGUGAGAGCGGCGGCAGCGGGACGCGACGGCCCGGCCGCCCCGCGGACAACAGGCGGCUGAGGUGCGUGGGACUGACCGGUGCCAACACAGACACGCAGCCAAACCGGGCCGCGGCCGGGGUCGCAAGCUCACAGCCAGGCAGCGGCUCCAACGUUGCCCCCCGUGUGCUGAGCCCUCCAGUCUGAACACAAACUCGGUCGCUGCGCAGCGCAGCCAUCAGCCACCCGGACCGGUAGUGAACAUGAGUACUGCGUGCCCCUAAACCGCAUAGAGAAAAGCCGUCUUUAAAAUGCCAUCCAGGUGAUAGACUAGCAAGCAGCGGUGAUUUCCUGUGUUUUGGAAUUUUAACGUCAGCACCACUUGUUUUCAUAGACAGCUGUGUUUAAAGGAUUCUGGUUUCCGCCCACCUUCAAAGCGUGGAAAUUCAUCGGGAGUAGGAAGUAGACCCUUCCGGCCCCCUGAGCAGUAAGAGAUGCAGGGAACAAGAAUGAGAAGAGACAUCAUAUUCAUGAAACUACUGAAAUUUGCCCAAGAAAUAUCUUUGGUUCCUUAUCCUUGUAUUUCAGUGUGGAAGAAUGUUCCCCUCACCUCUAAGUGCACCACGACCUCGCCCCCGAACACCAUGGUCCCUUCCUCUUGAGUUUUCAUCUGGAGAGUCAAAAGUGUCAUCUGGCCCAAAAUCUUCAGGACCAGGAAAGCCAUCUCUCCCCCUGGGUCCCCGGCCCUCAUGUCUUGAGGGUCCUCCUCUUCUGAAGCUACAAGAAAGAACAUGGUACAAAUGUGGUUUAUAGGCAGAAGUUACAUGGAUAAACUUGAGAUAGCUUCAGCUUAA